ACUACCUCCGCUGUUCUUUGGGGCGAUCGUGGCUCAAGAGUUGGGAGUUCGCCUUGUAAUCGGAAGGUUGCCGACAUACAUCGCCGCUUUACGUCAACUCCGAAGCCCUUUGGAACAGGGCCCUGUGCAGCACUGUUCAGCAAGAGCAGUGAGGGGUGAUCUUUAUGAGUGCAGAGACACCAUGUUCCCAGCCAAGCUAGCUUUGAGCACUCUGAAAAGGAUCCACCAUGGAGCUUGUUAUCGAUGUCUUUCUACCUGCUUCAUCCAGAAGGAAGGGAUACAGGCUGGAGAUGGGCCCCCCUCAGACUCCCGUGUGUGGAAGAGAAAGCCUAAGAACCAAUCUGCAGUCUGGUCAUCAAUAAGACUUCUUGAAACACAGCAAAACGGGAGAAGACGGUUCAGUUUAUCAGCUGCUACUAUAGUAGAUUCAGCACCAGUACACGUCCAACCGUACCUCCGGCUGAUGAGGCUGGACAAACCUAUAGGGACAUGGCUGCUGUACCUCCCCUGUACAUGGAGCAUUGCUCUGGCUGCUAACCCUGGAUGCUUCCCAGAUCUGGGCAUGCUCACACUGUUUGGUACAGGUGCUCUUCUCAUGAGAGGGGCCGGCUGCACCAUCAAUGACAUGUGGGACAAAGACUUCGACAAAAAAGUGUCCCGCACAGCCUCUCGACCAAUCGCAUCAGGAGAGAUUUCUCGAAUGCAGGCGCUGGUCUUCCUGGGAGGGCAGCUCUCGCUUGCACUUGGGGUUCUUUUGUGUCUCAACUAUUACAGUAUAGCUCUGGGUGCUGCUUCUUUAUCUCUUGUUAUCACCUACCCACUGAUGAAGAGGUUCACUUACUGGCCACAGUUUGUGUUGGGACUCACUUUCAACUGGGGCGCUCUGCUCGGCUGGUCCGCUAUUAAAGGCUCUUGUGAUUGGUCCGUGUGUCUCCCGCUAUACUUCUCAGGAGUGAUGUGGACGCUGGUAUAUGACACAAUAUACGCACAUCAGGAUAAGGAGGAUGACAUCAAAGUAGGAGUCAAAUCUACUGCACUGAGGUUCCAGGAGCAAACCAAACCCUGGCUGAGUGGCUUCGUUGUGGCCAUGAUGUCUGGACUGGUAUUAGCUGGGGUCAAUGCUGAACAGACUCUCCCUUACUAUGCUGUACUCACCGGUAUAGCAAUGCACCUGACAAACCAGAUUUACACAUUAGACAUCAACAAACCAGAAGACUGCUGGAAAAAGUUUGUUUCAAACAGAAACCUUGGACUGUUGUUGUUUUUAGGUAUUGUUGUUGGGAAUUUGUGGAAAGAAUAAAGACAGACUCUGAA